CAAAUAUUUCAGUUUAUGAGGAAAAUGUGCGGUUAGGAUCUGUCUAGUUUAUAACAAAUUUAUUUAUCCUAAAGAAAAAGGUGAUUGCAUAAGUAAAAAUGGCUAUAGAAAAUAAAAGGAAGGCGGAUGAAUCAGCCCUUGUUCCUUCAAACAAAAGAUCCAAAAAUGAAGUGGCUAUUAAGAAUAAAAACAGUUCAGUGCUACAAGCGGCACCAGCAAGAACCUCAAACUUAUUUGCUCCUAUAAUGCUGUUGGAAGGACAUGAAGGAGAGAUAUUCUCGGUAGAUUUUCAUCCCGAGGGCCAAUAUUUAGCAUCCUCCGGGUUUGACCGGAAAAUUUUUCUCUGGAGUGUUUACGGAGAAUGCGAAAACAUUUCUGUAAUGACGGGCCACACAGGUGCUAUAACGGAGUUACAUUUUACCACCGAUGGAUCACAUGUUUUUACCUCAAGCACCGAUAACACCUUGGGUUUGUGGGACAUAGUAACGUCACAACGUAUCAAAAAAUACAAGGGCCAUACGACUUUUGUCAAUGCCGUGCAAGGAGCCAGAAGGGGCCCGCAGUUAAUGUGUUCUGGAAGCGAUGAUAGCACAAUUAAAGUUUGGGAUACGAGGAAAAAACAAUCCGUGUCAAGUAUGAAUACCGUUUAUCAGACCACAGCUGUAACGUUUAACGACACCGCGGAGCAUAUAUUUAGUGGAGGCAUCGAUAACGAUAUAAAGGUGUGGGACGUCCGUAAGACUGAAGUUAUAUAUACGUUAAAAGGUCACACAGACACCGUCACGGGGCUUUCAUUGAGCUCCGACGGUUCAUAUCUGCUAAGUAAUUCCAUGGACAACACAUUGCGGAUAUGGGACGUGAGGCCGUACGCUCCCGUAGAGCGAUGCGUUAAGAUUUUCACCGGUCACCAACAUAACUUCGAGAAGAACUUAUUACGCUGCGCCUGGUCCCCCGACGGGACAAAAGUCACCGGCGGAUCGGCAGACAGGUUUGUUUAUAUUUGGGAUACGACAUCCAGGAGGAUCCUUUACAAGCUUCCGGGGCAUAACGGUAGCGUCAACGAUGCCAAAUUUCACCCAAACGAGCCUGUCGUUGUGUCUUGCGGUAGCGAUAAACAGAUUUACCUGGGAGAGAUCGAUUAGGUGUGUAUGUGAAAUAGUGUUUUGAAUAAUGUCAAGAAUUGUAGGUGUUUUAUAUGAAAAAUAAUAAAUAUAAAUUUUUAUUAUACCGAC